UUGGAGUUGUUUUUUUUUUAAGAACAUUCGACUUAUAAGUGUGGUAUGUUAAUAAAUAAAACUCACGUAGAAUGAGCGCAAAUGAUACCAUUGUCAAGGACAUCACGUCCCUAUCAAAGAACACACUGAUUGAACAGUAUCAAUAUUUGGCCGAUAACUAUAAAUCACUGAAACGGACUCACGAAGAAGAACUUCAAGCUAGCUAUGAGCUGCGUCGAAAUUACCAGACCGCCUCGGAAUCUGUUGCUUAUAUGACCGCUGAGCUAGAAUCGAUUGAUUCCGUGCACAAGGCAGAACUAGCCAAACUAAAGGAAAAAUACGUUCAAACAUUGACGACAUUGAAGGAUUCAAAUGCAGACCUUAAACAGCAAAAUUCCGCUUUAGAAACCACUAUUGACGAAAUACAAAAGCAAUGCGAUUUGUUAAAAGAGCGUGUUCAAGAACUGGAACAAGCUGAAGCUGGGGUAGAGUCGGUUAGAGAAAAUGAAACAAUUUCGUCGGAAAAAGAAAUUUUAGAACGGGAAAAUGAAGAGUUGAAAGCUUUGAUUUCCGAUCAACAAGAAAAACUUGACACAUUGAUGUUGCAGUUGGUAAAUGUAGAGAGUCGAUUUGAGAAUAUGAAUGAAAAGUUAGCUUGCCUAGAGGAUAACUUGACUGCUAAACGACAAGAGCUGGAUGAGGCUCGAAUCGUACUGGAAUCAACGCAGGAAGAAAAUAUGCAGUUGAAUUCAGAGCUAGCGGCUUUGCGGAGUGCACCUGACGACCCUAAUAAGAAAGGUAAUUCCUUGUUUGCCGAAGUGCACGACCAGCGACAAAAGCUUAUCGAGAAACUUGAAUCGCAACGAAAGCACUACCAAGAGAUGAAGAAACAGCUCUCGGAAAGUCAAAUCCAAAUUCGUCGGCUGACGCGUGAAAAUCGGGAACUCUGCGGCGAGAUACAGGAUUGCAGCCAAAUGUUUUUUCGUUCGGACCAAACCUUCCGCGUUGAAUCCAGCAAGCAGAUAAAUUCGUUGCGCGAAGAAAAUCAGCGGCUACACGAUCAGAUAGCUUCUGCCAACCGGCGACUGCUGGACAGGACCGCCGACUCGCAGUGGGUGGAUUCGUUUGUAUCCUUCUACAAAAAUGAACACUCAACACUAAAAGCACAACUGUUUCAGCUCCAGAUGGCUAAACGAACUGUAGAUGAAAUUUGUUGGGAUGCUCAGUGCGAUCUAGCAAAGUGGCGUUUCGAGGCACUGAAGUCGCGCUAUAUAAUUAGUAAUCGCGAAUCACUUCUGGAAGAACAUAACGUCGUCUUUCCCUCGUUCAAUGCAUUACACAUUCACAUCGAUGAUCAAAUAGUUGCAAACGCUAAGCCCAACGUCGGUUGGGCUGUUGAGAACACACAAAAGCUGAGGCAAAACGAUCAAUAUUUAGGAGAGCUGGAUUUGUUAUCUGACCUCGAACCAAAACUUCCCACCUUAAAAAGCUCCAUCACUUCACAGCCAGUGAUCAUGCAGGCUCCGCCUCCUCCUCCGCUCUCGAUUGCAAAUGAUGUUAAACCGUCGAUAAAAGAGGAACCAUUGACACCUUUAGCCACACCAUUUGUUACACCCGUUCAAUCCCCAAAGUCGUUGAAAAAGGAGACAUCUGCAUUGUCAGACUCGAAACAACGCACCGAGGAGAAAAGUAACAGCGCGCUUAAAUACCGGGAUAUUGUAUUCAUUCCAAAGAAUGCUCCUCUAUCUGAUAGUCUGAAGAAGAAAAAUGUCGAGCUGUUUACGGAAAAGGUAACAACUGGCUGCCAGCAAAUCAAAUUGAGUAAAGAAAUGCCGGCAGAUCUCGAGAAAGAAAAUGUUGCAAAUUCGAAAGAAGACGAUAAAUCACGGAACGCGCCUCAAACCAAAGCCUACGGGUUCGUCUCGGAAAAACGAACGAAAAACAAUAUCGUUAUCAGAAGGUUCAAGUUUCCCAAUAGGAUCGCUUCGACUUCGACUCAGAAGGAAUAACGUCAUGCGCGGUGUAGUGAUUAUUGCGGGCAAUAUUUAUAGAUUAUUUUAAGACACGUUUUUGUAUAAUGCGAAAAAGAUUGUUAGUCUUGUGUUCGUAUCUAUGUAUAUUUCAAAAUACUUUACAUCGAGCCUUUCGUUAAUUAUAAU